ACGAUGAAGGGACUGUGGGAAACACCGUCGAGAUUCUACACCUCCGGACUCGCCGCUUACAGGGCUCAGUAAGUGAGUGGAAGUCAAUCUUCAGAAUGUUUUAACGGGCAUCGAUGUACAAAUGAGAAUCAGUCCGGAUCAGAUCGGUAAUGAUCAAAAGCUUGAUAAGUGUUCCACGGUGACAGCAGAGGAUCAUUACGAAGUAGUGAAAAUGGCGAUCCCGUUUCAACCAGGGAACAGUCAUCUUGUUUGUUUCUAACGCAUACGAUCGCGAACACCUGAUGUGCUUCGUGUGAUGUCUCCCGUUUCUUAAAUACUUUCUUGGCUUCUCAUUCAUUUGGAAAAGUAGCGAGUAGAUCUAUAUUGAUAAUGUCUCUGAAUAAUAAUAAAUCAUAGAGCAAGCGAUUCAUGCGAGCCCUCUUCACUCCCGCGACGGGGCUCUCCUAUUCUCACGGAGUCGGAUGAGUCGAUGGCAAAAUGCGGGAAAGUAAUCACUCCCGGCAUUUUUCACGGGCGACAUGACGCGAAACGAUAGAGAACGUCAGCUCUGGUAACACCACGUAUCUCUUGGCCGUCUCAUUAGGAUCGAUCUUGCCACACGCUUCCUCAUUCCGCCCGUGUGUAUUUGUACGUGUAGCUCCGGCGAGGAAGAUCGCGAGAUACAUGGCUCUCCGAGAGCCAGCGUCAACAUUUUCCAUUGAGAACAUACGGCGGAUGACUGGUGCGACCGAAAAUGUCGAGCGAAUGUUGGGAUUGCCCGGGCCCUUACAGGACGCGUACUCAUCCUCGCACGCGUUGCUUCAUCCGCCCACUGGCCAAUCGCUUCCGCUGAUCGACCGGUCUUGUCGCAGCAGACGACGCCGAUGGAAACUCAGUAAUUGCCUUCGGCGUACAUCAUCCGUGACAUACGAGGCAUACAACUCGCGAAUUACGAACGCACAAUCUCGAGCGCGUUCAACGUCGGGAAAACCGUCCGUCGUUGGCACGAGACGUGCUUUAUAGAGCGAUUCUUUUUUACUGUCUUGUAACUGGUUGCACGAUCAGUUCGCGAAUAAAGUGUGGAGUUUAACGCGUUCGAGAUUUAACGUUGUCUUUAACUCUAGUUGGCUAGUUUUCAAGUUUUUAACUCGCCAUAUUCCGGUCGGUGAGACUAUUUUCAUUCUUCAGUUUCUUCUUGAGCAGUUCUAUUUCAAGAUUACGACUUUUGUUCUGAAAAAUCUUCCAAAGAAAAAUUUUAUUUAUUUCCUCUUUUUCUUAAUGGAGUAUAUUAAUCACUUGAUGCUGUGAUAAUAUAUUACCGAUCGAUCUCACGCGAUCGUAUAUACCGCAGGACAUUCCCUCGUCGAGAGAUGCGCCGCCCACAUACUCCUCCAUGCACAUCGGUCUGAUAUCGCGCUCGGACGGACGAUCGUCCAUCUUCCCGAUCAAUGAUCGACCGCCCACCGUAGCGCGAAUUCCGCCGCCCUCUUAUGCUGAAGCUCAAGGGAUUAACCUGGCAACAUCCACGGUGGAUCCGUCCGUCACUUUGUCCCCGAGCGCGAGGAGCUCCUGGCCGAGGGUGCCGACGACGGCGAUAUGCCCCCGAUGCGCCGGGCUGAUCAUCACCACCGUGAUAGUACGUCGCUCCACGUACACCCACCUCACCGCCUUGACGCUCUUUCUGUUCGGAUGCUGGCCGUGCUGCAUGCUGCCUUACUGCAUCGACUCCUGCAACAACACGGACCAUUACUGCCCGCUCUGCCACGCGCAUCUCGGAACUUACGCGCCAUGGUCGUCGCGUCCAGAGGACGAUUUAGAAAGGCGGCAGCGUGAGGCACGGCGAGGAGGAUAAUGAAGAUGGGAUC